AUGGCCCAGACCAACCCUAUGAACACCAUGCCCAUGGGCCCCUGGAAGAUCACCGUCUACGACCAGGAGUACUUCCAGGGCAAGCGCAUGGAGUUCACCUCCUGCUGCCAGAACAUCAUGGAGUGCGGCAUGGAGAAUGUCCGUUCCCUGAAGGUGGAGUGUGGAUCCUGGGUGGGCUUUGAGCACUCCAGUUUCUGCGGCCAGCAGUUCGUCCUGGAGAAGGGAGACUACCCCCGCUUUGAGGCCUACAGCGGCAGCAACUCCUACCGCAUCGAGAGGAUGAUCUCCUUCAGGCCCAUCUGCUGUGCUAGCCACAAGGAGUCCCGCAUGACCGUCUACGAGAAGGAGAACAUGGGCGGCCGUCAGUUUGAGCUGUGCAACGACUACCCCUCUCUGCAGGCCAUGGGCUGGUUCAACAACGAGGUCGGAUCCAUGCACGUGCAGUGCGGAGCCUUCGUGUGCUACCAGUUCCCCGGUUACCGUGGCCACCAGUACAUCAUGGAGUGCGAUUGCCGCGGAGGAGAGUACAAGUGCUACCGCCAGUUUGGCUCCCACGCCCAGACCCCCCAGAUCCAGUCCAUCAGGAGGAUCCAGCACUAG